AUGGCUCCCAUUGAGACCAUAAGCACGAAUGAAGGAAUGUACCAGCGCAAGAGCGCUACAACCGUUACAGCUGAUACAUUCACAUCUUCGUACACGUGGCAGGAUGUAGCCAAACAUAAUACGGCCAAGAGUGCGUGGGUCAUUGUUCGUGGUGUUGUCUACGAUGUGACUGAAUGGGUCGAUCGACACCCCGGAGGUCGCGAACUUGUGCUAUUACAUUCCGGUCGAGAGUGCACGGACACGUUCAACUCGUACCAUCCCUUCUCUAAUCGUGCAAACGUAAUUCUGGCCAAGUACGCGAUUGGUAAGCUUGUUGGUGGUUCAGAAUUCCCCACGUACAAGCCGGACACAGGUUUCUAUAAGGAAUGCUGUGACCGUGUACACCAGUACUUUCAGGACAGCAAGCUAGACUCACGGAACCCGUACUCGGGCCUGUGGCGCAUGUUUGUGGUGGCAACUGUUGGUGCGAUUGCCUACAUGGGCAUGAACCAGCUACUCUCGGACAAUAUCUAUGCCCACUACGCAUGGGGCGCUGUGUUUGGAGUGUGCCAGGCACUGUCGCUGCUGCACGUCAUGCAUGAUGCGUCACACGCUGCCAUCACGAACAGUCCAACGGGCUGGUGUCUGAUUGGACGUUUUGUUAUGGACUGGGUUGCCGGUGCAAACAUGGUGUCGUGGCUGAACCAGCACGUGGUAGGUCACCAUACCUACACAAACGUCCCUGGUGCUGACCCAGACCUUCCUGUGAACUUCAAAAGUGAUGUGCGGCGCGUUGUGCAUCGCCAGGUGUUGCUACCCAUGUACAAGUUCCAGCACAUUUACCUGCCGCCGCUCUAUGGCGUACUCGGUCUUAGGUUCCGUGUACAGGAUAUUUUUGAUACGUUUAUCGCGCUUAAAAACGGACCACAGCGCGUGAAUCCGCAUUCAACUGGCGACUGGGUGGAGCUGAUUCUGUCCAAGGCGUUUUGGGCGUUCUACCGCAUUUACGUCCCUUUGGUCUUGCUACAGGUGGACGCUGCUCGUUUCUGGAGUGUAUUUUUCCUGGCGGAGUUUGUGACGGGCUGGUACCUAUCCCUGAACUUUCAAGUAAGCCAUGUAUCCACGGCAUGCGGGUAUCCGGGUGAUGAGAACGAAGGAGUCACAGCCAUUAACGACGAGUGGGCGAUCUCGCAAAUUAAGUCGACGGUGGAUUAUGCGCACGGGUCGCCUUUGACGACCUUUCUCUGUGGUGCGCUCAAUUACCAGACGGCACACCACCUUUUCCCGGGCGUCUCGCAAUAUCACUACCCGAAAAUCGCGCCGAUCAUUAUCGAUGUGUGCAAGAAGUAUAACGUCAAGUACACAGUGUUACCCACGUUUACGGAAGCUCUGGCUGGCCAUUUGAAUCACCUCAUGGUUAUGGGUAAGAUGGGUAAGCCCGUAGCUGUUCACAUGGGUUGA